AUGUCCAUUCUUAAUCAAACAAUUUCGGAUCCUUUUGUUGCUGAAUGCUUAGAUAACAGAUACAGUAGACGCAUGAAUUAUACUUCAUUUUGUGUAGAUCGUGAUGAUCCAUCUCGAUUGUCAUGUAUCUUAAACAUAGCACCACCAAUUGCCAAGAAAAAGCAUGUACUUGUUGUGGGAUCAACAACUCCUAUUGGAUAUUCACUUGUUUCAGAACUUAAAGAAUUAAAUAUUCCUUACGUUGAAAUAAAAGGCAAAUCACACAUCGAUUUAAAUCAAAUGGCUUCUUACGAUGUACUUCGAUCCGUAGAUUACAGACUUGCUUUUCUUUGUCUUGAACAAUUAGAAGAUCCUGCCUUUUUGUUAGCUUUUAUUCGACGAAUUAAAGUUCCAACAUACACAUUUUCUAAAGAUUUGGCGAUACCAGAAACAAUUCUUGUAGAUAGUCCAAAAAUUGUUGGACCUCAAUAUUUAAGUUUCCACAACGAUUUAUUGAAUGUAAUUGUCUCUAGAUGUGCACUUACAGAAAAUCCAUCAGUAAACGAACCAAAUGAGUACUUAGUUGGUUCGAAAUCAGCUGCAAAAUACAUUACAGAAAAACUCUAUCCAUAUAUAAUUGGAGAGACCGACGAUUACCCUAGAGCUAUUAUGAUACCUGCACGAACCGAUACAGAGAAGUUAUUUGAGACAAUUGCUUAUAAAUAUCCAAAAUGCGACCUUACAUUGAAUGGAAAGCGUGUUUUAGGAAAGCUCGAUCCAGAAGUUGAGGAUGGUGUUGAUUUUGCUGCAAAACAAUUGAUUCCAACUGAAGAAAUUUACUUAUCAAUUGUUUUUGUCACAAAUGAACUUGAUUUUACAACAGAUAAUAUGAACAAACAACUUGCAUGGCUGGAUAAUUAUGUCAAACGAUAUCCGGCAACUCCAAUUGAAGUAAUAAUUGUUUUAUUGACUCAUUCUCGAGGUGUUGGAGUUAUUUUCCCAGGUAAAUAUAUCAAGCCACAUGUAAAAGUUAUUAUUGUCCCAUUUGAUCAAAGCAAAAGCGAAGAAACAAAUCCAGAAUAUCUAAUGCGCAACGUAGGCAUAAGAAGGGCCUCUGGUGAGUUCAUAAUAUGUGCCAAUACAGAUGUUCUCAUACCUAUAUCCUUAUUAGAUGCAGCAAGAAGAAAAGAAUUCAGUAAUAUUGCAUUAAUCAGAUCCGAAAUGAAGCCAAUUUACUUGUCCUACGAACAAGCAAUGGCAAAAUUCCUUUCUGAAGGAGCCACUCAACAGAUAUACUCGUGGUUCAAUCCUUGGAAGGAAAUUGGCUCAAAUAAGGAAACCCACGGAGUCCUCCAAGGCUGCCAUAGAAAGGUAUGGGAAGCUGUUGGCGGAUAUGCAGAAGGUCCAUGGUGUUCGGAUGUUGAUACAGCUUUUGUUGUUGAAUUUCCAGUAAUUACAGAAAAAACUUUCAUCCAGAGGUUUUUCGGAGCAUUCAAAUAUGUCGACCAAAAGAAACUUGUUGGAGGAGGUUUCCCUAAUGUUAAAAAAAUUACGGAACAAUCUGUUUGCAAAGGAGUUUCUCCUAAGAAAUUGAUCGGUGUUGCUACAAAAAACUGGGGAGAUGUCAAUAAGAAACUCAAAAUAGAAACUUAUGUAUGA